AUGGCGGAGCUCCCAGGUCUCGAAGAGCUGCUUUUAGGUGGCUACGAUGUAAGCGCACUUUUGGCUGGUGCGCCGGCACAGAGCGCUGGACAAGGCCUUGGAGUGCUUGGCCUUGAGGCACAGUUGCAACUCAAGCCUCCUACGCUACCACAGCAUGCCUUUGGCUGGCCUGCUGCAUCAUCUACCGAACAGAAUGACCUUUACCAGAAGGUCGCCCAAAGCCUUGCCGCCAAGUUAGAAGAGCAUCGCUUGCAGCAAGUCCAAAUGGCCACUGCUUUGCAGCAACUACAAGCACUUCAGCAACAACAAGAGCUAGCUCAGUUGCAGCAGCAGCUAAAUGCGCUUCACCAGCACGUACCGCGCGCAGCGAAUACUUUCCAGCGGAGUCGCACGACGGACUUGGAAAGCCUUGGCCGCGGCUCUGGCUUUGAUGUUUCUAGUGGAUACGCGCCUUCUGUGGACUUCGAGCAGCAACAAAAGCAGUUGGCCGCCCUGCAACAGGUUGCUAACCCAGCUGCGCAGCUCGUCGGCUUGCAGCGGAUUCCCGGUGUCAUUGGUCAGCACAACCUGCCCGUUCGCAGCUUCAGCUCAGAGCACCUUGUGGCGGGUCAGCGGCGGUCCACGCUGCAAAUGGUGGCCGGUGCAGCCGGGGGCCAGCCCAUGCAACCCCUGGCAAACAGCAAGAGGCCGCCCAUCCGACAGCCCUCCGGCCUGGGGCCCAACGGUCGUAGUGGGCCGAAUGGCCGCAGCGGUGGCGCAGAUGGCGGCCGCCGCGCACGCUACGCCGCCACUGCCAAGGCGCCUUCCUGGGCGUCCGAGGACUGGCACCCCAUGAAGGCCGUUAUUGCGAGUGGCGCCCAGGCCAGCAGCGGCACCGGCGUCUUCCUGCCGCAUCUCUCGGCGCCCAGCUCCUCCUCCUCUGUCACCUCGUCUUCCUCGGGUGCCUCAGCGCUCUCAAGUGGCAGUGGCGGCAGGUCAGCAGGCGGCGGCACCACAAGGCUUAUAGAACGCGGUAGUGGCGAGAACCUCGCCGCUGCCGCGGCGGCAGCGGGCCAGCCGCUGUCUACGCUAGGAGGCGGCGGCACUGGUGGUGGCGGCGGCGGUGGCGCAGGGUUGCCCUUCCACCUGGCUCAGACGAUGCCUUCCGCACUACACCAUACGUCCUCCCAGUCGCCCACCUCGCCCAACCUGGAGGGCAGCCCCGCGUGCAGUGUCGACAGCAACGCCAUCUGCUCGACGGUUGGCGGUUGCGAUCCGUACUCACGGCAAACCACCCUGGACUUUUCCCGGGGAAGCACCCAUUCGGAGCUUGAAUCUCACCCCACCUCCUCCUUUGGCUACCUGGUAGACACGAUGAAGGUGGUGGUGGAAGAGCCCGAGAGGGAGCGCGAGGACGCCAACGAGGAAUGCGACUUUGUGUCGUUGGCUCGCGAGCUGGCUGAGCUGAUCAGCAAGCAGGGCAUCACCGAGUAG